UAUUUUAUUCAACUUUCAUUUAAAACCAUCUCAUCUCAUUUGACUAUCCAAAUAGCACCAUAAUGUUCAUGCCUCACUUUGUUACCAAAUCAAUGCAUUCACUUUCUGAUUGCAUAUUGGUUUUCACGAGGCCGUUACUAGACUCUCUUGGUUAGGACUGUUGGAGUAUAUUUAUAUGUAUGGUUGUUUUUGGUUUAUUUGUUGGUAGAAUGUUUGCUUUUUAUUCAUAUCUGAGUUCUAAUUGUAAGAGUUUUAUUUAAACUCUAUAUCCCACACACCCAUCUUGAUAGAAUUUGAAAUAGUUCAAAUCUAUCAGAUUAAAUAUGAGUGAUAACGGGAUAAGAAAAAUCCUAAGAGAUAAGAUUAAAACUCUAUCUCUAAUUAUAGUCAAAUACAAAUUCUUAGAUUUCUUAAUGGUCAGAAAUCUAUAAAUAGUACUGAGGGAUUAAAGGGUUCUCACCUACAACAUUAGAGUGCCUUUUACCAUCGUGAGACACUUAUGAGGCAAAGUUGCUGGGUGAUCCUUUCCUUAUAAUCAGAUCUAUUUCUUCAUCGAACUGAUGGAGAAAGGUACGUAUUAUUUAUCACUGUUUAUUAUUAUAGAUCAGAGAAAUCGAAGAUCCGUUUAUUAAUAUUCAUGUUAAAUAUCUAACAUGUAGUAUCAGAGCCGGGUUAUAAAUUUUUAUGAUCUCAAUAAAAUAUAAAGUGAAUAUAUAUUUACGUAUAACUGUGUUUUUAUCAUGAAGAAUAAAAAGACACCUUUUUUAUCUGACAAAGAAAAUUGCGAUGGUAUUCUAUUUCCUGUGUUUGAUUUUCACGAGGACCCACAAAGUGACAUUAUGUAUACGUUUUGAAUUUCACUUUUGCCAUAUUGAGUAUGUGCUGGAGGAAGAGAAACUCCCUCACGUUUUUCCUUCUAAUCAUGCUUGGGUUUUAUUUUCACUUUCCCUUGCUGUAUUGUUUCUUUUCUUUCUAUACUGUGUUGCGAUGGAAAAGAAUAUUGAGGGUGUCUGUAAAAAUUUAAAAAAAAAAAAAAGAAUGAGAGGAAAGUGAUUUGGGGGUCGGCGACGUCCCUCUAAUUGCUGGAGAUGUCCAUAGCCGCAUCUGAAGCUUGAAAGGAUAUAUGGCUGAAGCUUGAAAGGAUAUGUGGCUAUGAUGAAGGAUGCGGCGCUGAAAAUAGUCUGAAGGAAGAAAAGUGAUGAGUUUUUUCCUUUAGGGUUUUAUGUUAUAGACUUAAGGUUGUGGGCUUUGGGCUGUGGGCUUCGGCCAUAAACAUGACAAUAAAGUGUUUUAUGCUAUCUGGACUGUAUUCACACUUAUAAAGAAGCAAUCGGGCCUAUGGGCCACUGAUGUGGCCCAGCCCAAUAAAAGAACAAAAAAAAAAAACAAAAAUGGAGAGCAAUCGGGCCUGUACAAUACCUUCGGCCCAAGUCAACAUAUCCAAUUGACUUGGUCUCGGACUGGAUUGCUGAACCGGUCCGGUUCAGACCCGGGUCGGACCGGUCAGAUUAAAAUAUUAUUAUUUUAAUAUUAAAAAUAAUAAAAAAAAAUUCCGAAUUUUAUUUAUUUAUUUAUACAUGUUAUUAUUGUUAUCUAACACCGUUAAAGUUGGUAGAAUGUUUGCUUUUUAUUCAUAUCUGAGUUCUAAUCACUUCUGAGGUGCAGUGUUUUAGUCGAAUAUCUAUGGUGGCUUCCAUUAAUGUUUCUCGUUUUGAGGGUGUCACAAUGGCUCCUCCCGAUCCAAUUAUUGGGGUUUCCGAAGCUUUUAAGGCAGACACACAGGAAAACAAGCUCAACCUUGGAGUUGGAGCCUAUCGGACGGAAGAGCUUCAACCUUAUGUACUGAAUGUUGUCAAGAAGGCGGAGAAUCUUAUGGUCGAAAGGGGAGAAAACAAAGAGUACCUCCCAAUUGAAGGUUUGGCUGCAUUCAAUAAGGUGACUGCUGAGUUAUUAUUUGGAGCAGACAACCCCGUAAUAAAACAACAGAGAGUUGCUACUGUUCAAGGUCUUUCAGGAACUGGUUCUCUUCGAUUAGCUGCUGCUUUAAUUGAACGAUAUUUUCCUGGGGCUAAAGUUCUGAUAUCAUCUCCCACUUGGGGUAAUCACAAGAAUAUUUUCAACGAUGCUAGAGUUCCAUGGUCUGAAUACCGAUACUAUGAUCCAAAAACAGUUGGUUUGGACUUUGAGGGGAUGUUAGCCGAUAUAAAGGCUGCCCCUGAAGGGUCUUUUGUGUUACUUCAUGGCAACCCAACUGGCAUCGAUCCAACCCCUGAACAGUGGGAAAAGAUUGCUGAUAUCAUUCGAGAGAAGAACCAUAUACCAUUUUUUGAUGUUGCAUACCAGGGAUUUGCUAGUGGAAGCCUUGAUAUAGAUGCCGCAUCUGUGAGAUUAUUUGCUGCACGGGGUUUGGAGCUUCUGGUUGCCCAAUCAUAUAGUAAAAAUCUGGGCCUUUAUUCAGAAAGGAUUGGAGCAAUCAAUGUUGUCUGCUCAUCAGCAGAUGCUGCAGCAAGGGUGAAGAGCCAACUGAAAAGGCUUGCUCAACCAAUGUACUCCAAUCCUCCUAUUCAUGGGGCCAUGAUUGUUGCCAAUGUUGUUGGGGACCCAGCUCUCUUCAAUGAAUGGAAAGCAGAAAUGGAAAUCAUGGCUGGAAGGAUAAAGAACACGCGACAGAAACUAUAUGAUAGCCUCUCUGCAAAAGAUAAGAGUGGGAAGGAUUGGUCAUUUAUACUUGAGCAGAUUGGCAUGUUCUCAUUCACGGGCCUGAACAAAGAUCAGAGCGACAAUAUGACGACCAAGUGGCAUGUAUUCAUGACAAAGGAUGGAAGGAUAUCCUUGGCUGGAUUAUCUUUGGCCAAAUGUGAGUACCUUGCAGAUGCCAUCGUCAAUUCAUUCCACAAUGUCCGUUGAAAUUAAUGGAUACAUAGUUACAUUUUUGGAGUACAAUAUGCAAACUAGUUACUGAGUAUGAAUUAUAACAACGAAUUAUAACAACGCAUGUUGAUUUUUGAAGUUCAAACUGAGGCCAUUCCAUAGUUGAUAAUUUCUAAAUUCAAAAAUUGAUGAGCAUUGCUUACAA